UAAUCUGCGAGUGAGAAAGUACUUUUAACAGUUUAUAAAAAAUUGUAACCCAACAUCAAAGAUGACACUAGGUCACAAAUUCACGAUUUUUUUUAUUUUCGCCAUUGUGUACCUAGCAAAGACUCAACAUGACAAAAAUCGAAUUCCUCCUUGGGAUUUCAAGCCUAAUUUUUGGACAAUAAAUCGGUCAGACAUUGUGACAGAUUUACCAACACCAUCAAAUAAACCAAAUGUUAUUUCUACUAUUUCAACAUUUCCCUUAAAUUCGUGCCCUCCUCAUACUCAAAUCUUCAGUUUCUCUAAUGUCGGUCUUCAAAAAAUCGGUCGAGACUUUAUUAACAGCAAUGAUGUUGUUAGCCUUAGCCUUAAUAACAAUAACAUAAAUGAUAUUUCGCCGUUCGCCUUCCGCAAGAUGCAGAACUUGAAAUAUUUGGAUCUUUCUGGGAAUAAUAUUCCGAAAGAGAAGCUAUUAUCGUUGCCAAGAAGCGCCAAUCUGCAGAUAUUGAUUAUCGACAACAAUCGAGAUUCUCAUAAUCCCGUUACUGAAGCUCUGAAGGAAUAUGAAGUUUUGCAGAACUUGAAAGAGCUGCACCUGUGCAACAGUCAAUUACGGAAUUUUCAAAUUCAUUUUUAUAUGGCAACACCUAUUUUGACUCACUUAUACCUGAACAAUAACGAGAUCAAUUCUAGUGAUGCCGUCUUCAACAAUAUUCCGGCAACAUUGACUCAUCUUUAUCUAAACAAAAAUGUUAUCGAUCGAGUCAAACUAGGCAAAUUGAGGCAUUUGCAAGAACUCAGUAUGAACGACAACGUCAUUACUCAAGUGUGUUUUGAGAAAUGCGAAGAUAAAUCCAUAUCCUUGAAAGAUGCUGCUGAAAUGCAGUAUCUGUCUUUAACCAGGAAUCUGAUCUCAGAGAUAUCAUCCGAUGCUUUUAGUGACACAAGUCGCCUGUUAAAGUUAGAUCUAUCAGGCAACAAGAUCGCUGAUAUAACUAAAGGCACAUUUAAUAACACGAUGAUGAUAAGUAAUCUUUCUUUAGCUGAUAACAUCCUUGUUACUGUACCGGAUGUCUGCUCAAUCAUGUUCCUAAAGAAUCUGGAUCUGUCUGGAAAUCGCAUCAGCGCAGUAUUCUCUGGCACUUUCUGCAUUAAUUUGAGGACUCUCGAGUAUUUACAUCUGUCAAACAAUGUUAUAACCACUAUUGAAACCCGAGCUUUCCGCAGUCUCCAAAGUUUGAAGUAUCUGGACCUUUCUGGAAAUCGCCUCAAGCAACUUCCGGCACAUUGGGUAUAUUCAUGGUAUAUCCAAGAGUUGCAUCUUGAACGAAAUAACUUCACCGAGUUGGACAACAUAUCGUUGAUUAAUAUUAAGGAGCUUAAAAACAUUUAUCUUGAUGAAAAUCCCAUGCCAGUAUUGACGGCAGGAUCUUUUCAAUUACUUCCAAGACACGUAAGAAUACAUUUGAAAAAUAUGCGUAUUGAAUAUAAAUGCGAACAGUGUACAUGCGAGAAUGAGGACGAUGAGGAUGAUAAGAAUGAUGAUUAUGAGAAUAAGAAUGGAAACGAUGAUAAUAGUGACUAA